CCUCUGAGGCUCGUGGAGACCUUGUUCUUGAAGAUGGUUGAAGUAGUGGGAUCUGUUGUUCAUGAAGUAUUGGGUCUAAGAGCUCAAGAUGUCGAUAAGCCUAUCAUCGAUUACAUAAUCAAUGUUCUCGCCGACGAGGAUUUCGAUUUUGGGAUCGAAGGAGAGGGCGCUUUCGAUGCCCUUGGGGAGCUUCUUGUUGAUUCUAGAUGCGUCAGUGACUAUGAUGAAGGUCGUUCGGUGUGUGGAAUACUCUCUGAUAAAUUUGGAAAGCAUGGAUUGGUAAAAGCUAAACCAACUGUUCGAAGCCUAGCAACACCCUUGCGAAUGUAUGAUGGAAUGGAUGAAGAAGAAGCCCCCAAGAAACAACCUGAGCCUGUGGAUGGCCCUUUGCUGACUGAGCGAGACAAAGCAAAGCUUGAAAGAAGGAAGAGGAAGGAGGAGCGCCAGAGAGAGGCACAAUACGAAAUGCAUUUAGCAGAGAUGGAAGCAGCUAGAGCAGGUAUGCCUGUUGUAUGUGUAAACCAUGAUAGUGGCAUGGAUGGACCAAAUAUCAAAGAUAUCCAUAUGGAGAACUUCAAUGUAUCUGUUGGUGGUCGUGAUCUCAUUGUAGAUGGCUCAGUAACACUUUCUUUUGGGAGGCACUAUGGUCUUGUUGGGAGGAAUGGUACUGGGAAAACAACCUUCCUCAGGUACAUGGCGAUGCAUGCAAUUCCUGGGAUUCCUAAGAGUUGCCAGAUAUUACAUGUAGAACAGGAAGUUGUUGGUGAUACUAUGUCAGCCUUGCAAUGUGUUCUUAACUCCGAUGUUGAAAGAACUCAACUUUUGGAAGAAGAAGCUCGUCUAAUUGCUCAACAGAGUGAUCUGGACUUAGAGGCCACGGCAGAACAGGCAAAUGGGAAGCUUAGUGGGGAAAUUGAUAAGGACAUUGUCUCACAGAGGCUUGAACAGAUAUAUAAAAGGCUUGAGUUCAUUGAUGCAUAUUCAGCUGAGUCGCGUGCUGCUUCCAUUCUUGCGGUAGUUACAGAUAUUAUCCAUUUACAUGGACAAAAACUAACUACAUAUAAAGGGGACUAUGACACAUUCGAGAGGACGAAGGAGGAGCAGAUUAAGAAUCAGCAGAAGGCUUUUGAGUCGAGCGAACGGUCAAAAGCCCACAUGCAGGCUUUUAUUGAUAAGUUCCGAUACAAUGCAAAACGGGCUUCUCUUGUUCAGUCAAGAAUCAAGGCAUUAGAGCGAAUGGCCAAUGUGGAUGAAGUGGUCAACGACCCCGACUAUAAGUUUGAGUUUCCAACCCCAGAUGACAGGCCUGGUCCUCCAAUAAUAAGUUUCAGUGAUGCAUCAUUUGGCUAUCCUGGAGGGCCCAUAUUAUUUAAGAAUUUGAAUUUUGGCAUAGAUCUUGAUAGCCGCAUAGCGAUGGUUGGCCCCAAUGGCAUUGGCAAAUCAACCAUACUUAAAUUAAUUUCAGGGGACCUUCAACCAACCUCUGGUACAGUUUUCCGUUCGGCUAAGGUUCGUAUCGCUGUGUUUAGCCAGCACCAUGUUGACGGGCUAGAUUUAUCUUCAAAUCCCCUUCUGUAUAUGAUGCGCUGCUUCCCUGGAGUGCCUGAACAGAAGCUCCGAGGUCACCUGGGUUCUUUUGGUGUUACGGGCAAUCUAGCUCUUCAACCUAUGUACACUUUGUCAGGUGGACAAAAAAGCAGAGUUGCGUUUGCUAAGAUAACCUUCAAAAAACCACAUAUUAUUCUGCUUGAUGAGCCAUCGAACCAUCUUGAUUUGGAUGCUGUUGAGGCACUUAUUCAAGGUCUUGUUAUUUUCCAAGGAGGUGUACUCAUGGUGAGCCAUGAUGAGCAUCUAAUAUCUGGAAGUGUGGACGAACUUUGGGCAGUAUCGCAAGGCAACGUCACACCAUUCCAUGGGAAUUUCCAGGAUUACAAAAAGAUACUCAAGGGAUCAUCUUAGUUUGAACUUGCAGGACUAUGUUGUAUAUUGGAGGCUGGUAUAACAGUUUUCAGGACUGAAAAUAUGGGCUGCUGCAUAUGAAAGAGAAUUUAUACCAUUGUUGUCUUGGUUGCUGUGUGUCUGGGAACAAACUUCUCUGAGUGGCAGGUAAAAAAGAGGAGCGGGGUAGGGAUUGGGGAGGGGGAGUGAUUUAAUGCACCUUGGCAUCUGAAAUGCACAUUUCAUUGUGUAAGUAUGCGAGGGAUCAUUUUUAUCAAAAAAAAAAAAAUGGUAGGAGAUAAUAUAUUUCAAUGGCCUAUUUCCUGGAAGACCUGAGGCCUUGGUACCAUUUGAAUUGUAGUAAUUGUUGCAUAGAUGCUUAGGGUUCAAAAGAUUGCCCUCUCCUUAAUGCAAUCGCAAUGGAAGUGUUAGUCUGGCUUGAGAGUUGGGGAUAAGACCUUGCUUGUGGAUUGUGUUGAAACUGAAAAAGGACAUUCACCAGCUUUGAAUUACAGGUUUUCAUCAUUAGUGA